AUGAAGCCAUAUCACCCAACAUCACAGCGAAGCAAGGAAAAUAAUUCACGAAUCAAAGUUUCAGCACAAGAAAGAAAAUAUAUCAUACCUCGAGAGUUUAUUCCAAAGGAACACAUUAUUUUACGGUUGCAGUCAAAGAAAAAAAACGAGAUCAUACAUGAAUUGCAAGUCCCGCGGAUAUUGCUACAGGCACUUAUUACAAGGGAAGACAAAAGUUUUUUUGAACAUUCAGGAUUUAGCAUAAGAGGCACCAUCCGAGCAGCAUAUAAUAUCAUUAUGAACAAUUUUGUAUCUGGUGGAAGUACCAUUUCUCAGCAAGUGGCAGGCGAACGCUAUGCUGACAGGAGAGAAUUUUCAAUUAACCGCAAGUUAAAAGAGCUGUGGUGGUCAUUUCAAUUGGAACGAAAUUGGUCAAAACAGGAAAUUCUUGAGGAAUAUCUUAAUAAAAUGUAUUUUGGGCAUGGUAAUUAUGGUGUUGAAACUUCCAGUCAAUUCUUUUUUGGUCAUAGCACUCAGGAUAUCAAUUCUGCUGAGGCUGUUAUGCUUAUAAUACAACUCGCAAAUCCUGUAUAUUAUUCUCCAUUUAAGAACCCAAACAUCGCAAGACAGCGCCAAAAAACCAUACUACAACAGAUGGUUGAUCUUGAAUUUCUUAGUCAGGAGGAUAUGGACAGAGAUAUACAAAUAUAUUGGGAUUCAUUCGAUUACACAAGAGAGGGUUUUUCUAGUGCUUUUUUAGAAAGAGAUGAUAAGGCACCUUAUUUUAGUGAAUAUGUGCGUCAGCUACUUCUAGAAAAAUAUAAUUUUACUGAAUUAGAGAUAAAUGAGGGGGGUCUUACUAUUCACACAACUCUAGAUCUUUCAUUCCAAAGAAAGGCAAAGAAGUAUUUUGAUGAUGGUUUAGCAAAAUCAAAUGUGGUAUACAGGCAGAACUCAACUAGCUCCAUAUCAAAAGAAAAUAGCAUACUUCCAAUAGUUGCAUUAAGCUCCCUUCUCUUUGAUGGUUCUCAUGAUUUUUUUCAUAAAAGCUCAUUAUUAGAAAAGCAAAUACUUGAUAGAUUUUCAGAUAUGCAAGCAACUCUCUCGUUGUUGCAUCUUAUGUUUGAACCAUCUCCAAACUCUCUUGUUGCAAAUAUAAAUAAGAUUUCUAUUGAACAACAGAAAAAGCAGAGUACAGAGGAAACAGUAGAAGGGGCAAUGAUAACAAUAGAUAAUAGUAGUGGUGAACUACUAGCCAUGAUUGGUGGAAGCAAUUUUGAUGUAUCCAAUCAAUUUAAUAGAGCAACACAAGCGUUUGUACAGCCAGGCUCUUCUUUUAAGCCGUUAUACUAUGCAGCAGCGAUAGAAGAGCAACUUAUUUCACCAUCCACAAUUAUUUGGGACAGUCCCGUGGUUUUUGUAUAUGAUGAAGAAGAAACAUACAUACCCAACAACUAUAAAGGUGAGUGGAAGGGAACAGUUACAGUGAGAGAAGCAUUAUCUCAAUCAAUGAAUGUUCCUUCACUUAAGAUACUUAAUAGAAUCGGCUUUAAGAAAGCUUUAGAUACCGCUGGAACAUUGCUAGGCAUAGCAGAAAAAGAUAGAGAAUCUUUAGGCUUGGUAGAAAAAUACCCUGUAGGUUUAGGCAUUGUAAGCGUGUCACCUAUAGCCAUAGCAAAUGCAUAUAGCACUAUAGCGAGGGGCGGAAAAGCAAUUACUCCUACUGCUAUACGUUACAUAGUAGAUAAAAGUGGGGACAGAAUCAAUAUUAAAAAAGCUGAAGAUUCGCAGUUUGUAAAAGUACUAAGCCCUCAAACUUCUUAUAUACUUACCUCAUUGCUACAGUCAACUGUACAGCAGGGCACAUUGCGCUACGCCGAAUAUUCAGCAGGUGGAUUUACACAACCCACUGCGGGCAAAACAGGGACUACUCAAAACUGGUCGGAUGCAUGGACUAUAGGAUUUAAUCCCUACCAUACAACUGCUGUGUGGUUUGGUUUUGAUAGAGGUGGGCAGUCGUUAGGGAAUAAUCAGACGGGGGCUAUUACUACAGGUCCAGUAUGGGGAAAAUACAUGCAAGAAAUUAGCAAGACCCUGCCAAAGGCAGAGAUUAAAAAGCCAAAUGGUAUAGUAACCCUUACUAUCAAUCCAGAAAACAAUACGCUAGCUACUACUUCUUCCCCCACUACACUUCAGGAGGUGUAUAUAGCAGGCACAGAACCCUCUGAGAAAGAUAAUCCGAGUGCAACAGUAUUUAUUUCAGAUUAUCAAGAUAUGCAUUUAGAGCGAGCGCAGUGGAAUUUAUCCCUCACUAGUACCGGAUUGGAUGAAGCCACCUUUCUUGAAGAGCGUAGGGCUGCACUGGAACAGCAGAGCGAGGAAUACAUGUAUUCUCGUCCACAAUUUGGUAUUACACAACUUCCCUCACGCGCAUCGUAUGGAGUAGAUAUUACUCUGAGAACCCCCAGUAAAUCUCAGAUGCUACAAAUGAAUACACUAAGCGGUAUUUCUAGUGAACUUAACACGAAAGCAAGCGAGUUACUCUCUGUGCAUGAGAAUAACCCAUUUCUUCAGUGA